ACGACACGAUCCGAGUCUGCCGCUAUCCCUUUCUUUCUUUCUCUUUCGCUUUCUCCUUCUCUAUCCCUCUCUCUCUCUCUCGCAAAGACUUUAUCUUUCUUGUUUGGCUGCUUUUUUUUUUCCUUCUUUCCUUCUCUUUCUUUCUUUACUUCUAGAUUCAAAUGGAGAUGGAAGAUCACAAUCACCAUAAUCAGUAUAGCAUAGAUCUCAGGCAAUUUAUCAGCGGGAGGCCUACCCAUUUCCCUGCAAUCCCACAGCAGCCACCAGCUGAGUGCUUCUCUGCUGCCCACAGGAAUCUGCCACCACAGAGCCACCACUAUGAUAUGAUGAUGCUGAUGCCUCGGGUUGGUGGUUUACACGAGUUUCACUCCGAUUCUACUCCUGCUGCCUGUGUCCCUCCACCUGUUGCGGCUGUUGUUACUACCGCUAAUAGUGCUAAUAACACUGUCGCUGCUGCUGCUGCUGCUGCUACAUCUACGCUGAGUGGGUUAGAAGCUGAUGCAGGCUCCUUUGGUGGUGAUGGUGGUACUGGAAGAUGGCCUCGACAAGAGACUUUAACACUUCUUGAGAUCAGAUCUCGUCUUGACUCCAAGUUUAAGGAAGCUAAUCAAAAGGGUCCCUUGUGGGAUGAGGUUUCUAGGAUUAUGUCUGAGGAGCACGGGUACCAGAGAAGUGGCAAGAAAUGCAGGGAAAAGUUUGAGAACUUGUACAAGUACUACAAGAAAACUAAGGAAGGAAAGGCAGGAAGACAAGAUGGUAAGCAUUAUAGAUUCUUUAGGCAACUUGAAGCUCUCUAUGGAGAGACAAGCAAUCCUGCCUCAAUCCCAGAAACCCAAUUUGUUGGAAAUAAUCUUAGAUUUCACACUGGUGCCAACAUCUCUACUCCAGCAAACCAGGAGAUCCUUCACUCUCAAAAGCUUUGUGAUAGUCUUAGCCUCUCCAACUCCUCCGAAUUCGAUACUUCUUAUUCUGAGGACAAUGAUCUAAGUACGGCUACAUUAGUGGAGAAUGAUUCAACGGAAAAGAGGAGGAAAAGAAGAGAUGGAAAGAGCUGGAAGGCAAAGAUAAAAGACUUUAUCGAUUCGCAGAUGAAGAAGCUAAUUGAUAGGCAAGAGGCAUGGUUGGAGAAAUUGACAAAGACCCUCGAGCAAAAGGAGCAAGAGAGAAUUUUCAGAGAGGAAGAAUGGAGGAAACAAGAAGCUGCAAGGAUAGAUAGAGAACAAAAGUUUUGGGCUAAGGAGCGAGCCUGGAUCGAGGCUCGGGAUGCUGCUUUAAUGGAAGCUCUGCGUAAAUUAACAGGAAGAGAUGCAAAUGAUUCGUCUCCUGAAGAUCUAAUAAGGGCUGAGAUUCGAAAUCAAAGCGAAAAUGGGUUUGAAAAUAGAAGCGAAACAGCACACAACAGUCUCAAAUGUGAAAGCUGGACAGAAGCUGAAUGUACAAGACUAAUGCAAUUGAGAAGCAACAUGGAAUCAAGGUUUCAGCAAAGCGGGUGCAUGGAGGAGGAAGCUUUAUGGGAGGAAGUAGCAGCGAAGAUGGCUUGUAUAGGCUACGAAAGGUGUCCAUUAAUGUGCAAGGAGAAAUGGGAGAGCAUCAACAAUCAUACAAGGAAAAUCAAGGAAGGUAACAGUAAGAAACGAAAAGAGAAUUCAAGAGGCUCUUGUUACUUCCAAAGCAAUGAGUCCAUGUACAACCCUGGAGGAGCUUACUGCGAGAUCAGAGAACAAGAGCCAGAAACAGUGAGGCUUCAAGCAAACGGAGGUUCAUCUCCAGUAAAUUCUAAUGCUGGAAAUGCGGUGAGUGAUAACUGCUUUCGAUUCUUGAUGGCCGAUGGUGGGGAGAAUUUGUGGGAGAAUUAUGGGUUGAAGCUUAGUAAAGGAGAUCAAAAUCAGUAAGCCAUAACUCUCACUGACAGUUUGUUUAGUUGGUCUACUAAACAGGCCAGGAUCCAUUGAGACGAUGAUGUGAAGGUGAGAAAUUGACUUGUUAAAAAAGAGGUACAGGAAUUGACACAGAUGGGACCUGAUUGCAGUCUGUUAUAAGCGAAGGAGAGCUGACUUAGGAUUUAUAUAUUGGGAUUGGUGUUUAUCGUUUAAUGGGUCUUAUUGAGAAUAUGGAGAUCAUUUAAGACUGAAAAAAAAAAUAAUGGGUUUUUAUCUUUUUCAUGAGGAGGAGGAAGAAGAAGGGGUUGGAUUGUUGCUAGCUGAUUGUAGUAUUGAGCUCUCAUCCUAACAAUUUUCCUUGAGUUCUCCAAUUUGUUCUAAAAUUUUCCUUGUGCAUGCAACUGCAAUAUUCAGGUA